GUGUUUCCGUCGCGUCCUUGCCUGUUCCUGUAUCCAGGCUGCACACUCCAUGUAGAGCUGAUUCCUGGGUCCAGCUUUGGGUUCUGCUUUGCUCUUUUAAAGGCGGCGGCACCGAAGAGCAUCCCAGAAGCUGGUCGGGAGCUGGCAGAGCUGGUGGAACGGCUUGUAGACAUCGUCAGGAGCCUUCAGAAGCAGAGGCACCUCCCAGAAUCUGGGCCGGAGAACAAACUGAACGUCCUGGGCAUGGCUUUUUCUGGUGGGGUGGACCAUUCCUUGAUUUCUCCAAAACUAGCGACUUCCAACACAGCUGAGGACAAAAUGAGAGACAUUCUGCAUGACCUAGAAGACAUCCGGGGGAAAUUGCAAGAAAACUUCACGGGGAAAGAGCCGCCUGAAGAACAAAGGCAGGUUACACUCCCAGAAGGUCUGUCUUCUUCCUCAUGCCCACGGGCUGACCAGAGCCUCCUUGCAUCAAGGUUUGUUCAAUGGGCUGUCAGUCCAACCUUUGACCUGGGGAGCCUGUCGUGUAGCCUGGAGCUGUCGGAGGACCGCAGGAAGGUGACUGUAUCUCACAUCCCACAGCUUUAUGCCUGGAGUCACGACAGGUUCACCAUCUGCCAGGUCUUCUGCUCCCAGGCCUUCUCUUCUGGGCAGCAGUACUGGGAAGUGGACACUCAGCAGUGCAGUCACUGGGCGAUUGGCGUGGCUUCCUGGGGGAUGAGCCGCGACCAGAUGCUGGGAAGGACCAGGGACUCCUGGUGCGUGGAGUGGAAGGGAACCGGCGAGCUCUCGAUGUGGCACAUGCUCAAGGAAACUGUCCUCGGCUCAGAAAAACCUAGGGUGGUGGGCAUCUGGCUGGACCUCGAGCAGGGGAAGCUUGCCUUCUAUUCCGUGGCUAAUCAGGAGAAACUUCUGGGCGAGUGCCCCGUCUCUGCCUCCUCGCCCCUGCACCCUGCCUUCUGGCUCUAUGGUUUACAUCCCGGAAACUCUCUGACGAUAAGGCCGGUAAAGGUAUAAAGGUUAAAACACCUUGGUUUCCUGUCCUCUUUCUCUGCCUUCAAGAACCCCACUCCUGAAGUUAAGGGGUGUGCAGUGAAGGGUUAACUCUGCACUGUCCAAAGAAAGAAAGAAAGGCCCUGGAACAUAAUCUCUAAUCCUUUGGAAUAUCCUGCCUCAUAAGAGCGUCUUCGUUCACCUGGGGGCCUUGGGCCGGGAGGUGUCAUCGGCUUGACCUCGGGAGAGGCUAGAGACCAAGGUCAGCCACCUGGUUGGUGAGGCCUGUCUACCUGAGCGACCUCCAUGGAAAGACCUGGAUGCCAAGGCUGGUGUGACUUUCCCUGGUUGACAACACUCCUUGCACAUUGUCACACAUCGUUGCCGGGAGAAUUAAGAAUUGUCCAUAUGACUCCACUGGGAGAGGAUAAUGGGUGUCUCCUGGCUGCUGCCCUAUGUGCCUUCUUUUUACUGCUGAUUUUAAUCUGUAUCUUUUCACUGUAUAAACUGUGUAACUGUUCUGCUGAGUUCUGACAAUCCUAGUGAAUCACUGACCCUGA